CAUUUACAACUUCCUAACUUAUCAACUACACUCGUUUUCAAGCCGCACCUUGCACUCAUGUAAAUUAUUAGUCUGCCGAAAUCUACAGUGAAUUCGUUGCAGACUUACGAUUGCCCUUCGGGCCUUCGAGAAGAGUCGAUAAAUUGCGGAAAACAUCGAUUCGUCAUCGUCAUCACAAAGAAACUCGUGGAUGGUGCAUGUUUUGACAUUUUAACUUGAAUCAUUUCCACAUCAAUUCACAUAACCAACCUCCACCAUGUCGACACCAACUCCGGGGAAGCACCCAUUGUCGCAGGGUAAGACCCCUUCGCAGGCCCAACCAGGUGCUGCCGCGACCCCUUCAGUUUCGACACCCUUCUCGGCCGCCGCCGCUUUUUCUCCCCAUGGCCCACGGUCAUCACCCCAGCAAUUUAAGAAAUCGCCGACCGCAACCUUGGGCCGCUCCACGACGGGCCCCGUUAACUACGACAGCCCGUCGGCUGCCGCCGCCCUCGGCGUCCUGGACAUGAGUUCCCUGGGGAUGGAUCUCCAGAACCUCGGUAACUUGGGUAGAGCCAGCGAGGAUGAGAGAGCAAGGCGGCUGGACAGCGUUAUUGCCAUCCUCGGGCGGAGCAAAGGUCUCGUUAGUGAGGCUGGCUUGGAGAGACUGGCAAAGAAACUGGAACUCGAAUUCAUCUGGGAGAAUUCGAUGGGUGGCGACGACAGGAAGACGCUGAUAGUGGCCGGUUCCGCCCUCGAAUUACUCAUCGGGUUUUGCAACAACAUCGUACAGUCGGUGAACCUUAGCUUUCCGGACUCCGCAGAGAUCGUCAACAAGCAUGCCGAAGCCGCUGGCAAGAUUCUCUUCAAAGACCUGCAACUUCUCGAAGGCCAAAGCCCCCUUACCAAGUCGCUCGAAAAGUUUGCUGCCAACUUCCAGCGCCUUGCUAUUUUGGAUAAGCUGAGCAUCAGCCCCGGACUCAACAUGUACGAGGCUGUGGCCGGCAUCUACGAAAGCCUCUGCCGUCUUCACGCUUGGGAGCUACAGCAAAUACGGGGGGACCCCGCAGCUGCGGCCAAGGGCGAGGAGCACCUGGAGAGUCUCGUCCUCUGCACGAGAAGCGGGAAGCCAACUAUGAACACAAGGGGGCGAGUAGGUAUGGCUCUUGAUUACUGGAUGGAGAGGAGACUGCAGCCGCCGCCGACGAGCCCUGAAAUGGCUCAGUGGGUCGAGGAGAACGAACAAGUAUGGAGCAUACUUGUCGGCUGUGCGCCUCUAAGGGAAAUCGGCGUCAAUCCCGUCCGCAUCUCCGACAAAUGGAUCGGACCCGACGUUGAGAAAGUGCCUCUUCCGGAUGAGCUGCAUACGGGCGGCCCAAUCGUCGAUUGGCUAGAGCCGGAGAGCACAUUUGUUCCCACGCCAGACCAGACCAAGGUAGAUCCCAUGCAGCCCGACCCGUCAAUCCUAGGGCCUCGUCUUCCCGACGCCGUGUUCCACGCCACCUUCGACCCGCCCGUUCACAUCCCAACAACUUUGUGGGGGCAAAUUCAACAGCUGGGCUGUAUGAUAGACGAGACGCCUCUUAACCAGUUGGCUACGUUUGACAGCUUGGUUCUCCCUUACCCGCCAGGGAAGGAACCCGAGGCAGUCGCGGGGUCGAGGACGGUGACCUGCAACAGACAGACGGCGUACGCAGCACCGGGCCAGGAUAAGCUGUCUCUGAAGAACCACGCCAACACGCUCUACGUAAGCAAGCCGAUCCCGAGCCGGACCCUGACGGCCAUGACAUUCUCCCACCCCCAACAACUUAUCACCAUCCUCCCCUACCUGAGGCAGUACGCCUUCCUCGCCACCCUGCUCGAGCGCAGCCUCGUCGAAGACCCCAACGCCUCCCGCCUGCUCGACCCAGACGACAUAAAACCGCCCACCACAACCACCGUCACAGAAACAACGACCACCAACCAAGACGACUAUGAUCGUCUCGCCAACCCGUUAUUAACCCCCAAAUCCGAGGACGCCCCCGAAGAGAAGGGCAGAGAAGAAGAGGAAAACACUACCCCCCUCAACAUCGACCUCACCCUGACCAUGCUCCCCGUCCCCCAGCUGCGCGUCGUUUUUCCGUUCAGGGACAGGACCGCCCACGUCACACUCGAGAUACAGGAGAACGGGCACGUGCAUGUGGACUCGCAGGACGUGCUGGACGAGACCAACAUGGUGGCGCCUAACGGGCGGCAGCGGAGCGUCGAUGAUGUUGGGGUGUUGCUGGAGCGGAUGGAGAAUGUUGGGAAGUGGGCUGAGUUUAUGCGGUCGCGGUGGGCUUGAUUUGGAUUUUGGGGGGGGGGGA